UCUCCUUAGCAACCUAACAACAAACAACAUUCAUUGUUUUUGUUUGUUUUUUAAAUUGGAACAUUUCUAACAUUUCUAAAGAGGUGAGAAAGAAAUUUGGCGCCAAGACAGUUAGAAUUUCCGGUAGUGACGAUGUCUGUGUUGCCGCAAAGACGAGCUGGUGCUGAUGCUCCUCCGUAUACAUUCUCCAGUCAACCCCGGGUGGUAUCUCAUCGCAAGAAAUACAAGGAGAAGCCACUGGCACCAGCAGCUGAGGAGGUACCUAUGUACAGCAAUAUUAUGUACGACCGACGAGUGGUACGCGGAAACACAUAUGCACUUAGUACUAUACCUGCUCAAGCUCAACCAGAUCCUUUAGAGGCCCAACGUCGGCAAGAAGCUAAGCGAAGAGCUAAUGCAAGAAGACGUGCUAAGGAACAGUUUGAGAGGCUAACCCCAGAACCAGUCCCCGGUAGAAAACACAUUGAUGUUCAAACUGAGCUUUAUCUUGAAGAAAUCUCUGACCGUGUUGAAGAGGCUGAUGUUGACAUUCAAACCGAUUACUUUCUAGAUCGUCCCCCAACACCUUUAUAUGUCCCGGCCAAAACUGGAAUUGAUGCUGCAACACAGAUACUUGAUGGAGAGUUAUUUGAUUUCAGUAUCGAAGUGCAACCAAUAUUGGAAGUGCUGGUUGGGAAAACAGUUGAACAGUCUUUGAUUGAAGUAUUAGAAGAGGAAGAAUUGGCUAAUUUGAGGAAGCAGCAGCGCCAGUAUAUUGAGUUGCGUAACGCUGAACUUGCAGAACAACAACGACUGGAAGAGCAAAACAGGAGAAAAGUGGAAGAAAAGGAAAUGAGAAUGUUACAACAAGUUGCUGUUAUGAGGAGAGAGAAAGAAACUGCUGAGAAGAUUUCUGCCAUGGCUUUUGCUCAGAGUUACCUGAGGGAUCUUGUACCCACAGUCUUUGCAAUACUUUCAGAUAAUGGUUAUUUCUAUGACCCAGUUGAAAAAGAUAUCGAAGAGGGUUUCUUGCCCUGGUUAAUGCAGAAUGUUAACAGAGAAGUGAAUAACAGCAAACUGAUUUGCAGAAUCGCUGAUUCCAUGAUCGAUCAUGUGAUCAAAGAGAGGAAUUUAGCAUUUUUGAGAUUAGAAGAACGCAUUCAGCAGGAGAAAGAGUUGGCGAAAAUACUACCGGAACCAUCUGCAACAGAGUUAGAGGAAGACCAGGUUGAAGAGAGUGAGUCAACAGACGAAAAAUCGGACGAGCCUGAAGCGGUGGAAGAAGACGAAGCUGAAGAAGUUCUGGACCAGACCCAGUCAACGGUCGAAUAAUCUAACGUUUCUAUAAAGAUGUUAUUCUC